AAACUUUCUCUCACUAUAUCUAUAUCUGUAUCCACAUAACUUCGAUUGCAGCAAAAAAACAAAAACAAAAACACUUCAAUCAUAUACUAUCACCCAAGAAUUAUCUCUUUUUCUUGUUGUUCUUUUCUUGGAUCAUGUAAAAAAGGACGCAUUCGGAUUUGGAUCUUGUUUUGAGGAUUUGAUUGGAUCGGGUUAUAUCUGGUUUUUGAUUGGAAUUCGGGUUUUUUCAGCCAUGACCCGUCGGUGUUCACAUUGCAGUACUAAUGGACAUAACUCAAGGACUUGUCCAAAUAGAGGUGUGAAGUUAUUUGGGGUCCGAUUGACUGAUGGGUUGAUCCGAAAAAGUGCUAGUAUGGGUAACUUGACCCAUUUUGCUAGUAGCAGUGGUCCAUUAAACGGUGCCGUUCAUGACUCACCUGGUGAUACACCUGAUCACCCUGCUGUUGGUGGUUCUGCUGAUGGUUAUGCUUCUGAAGACUUUGUUGCUGGUUCUUCCUCUAGCCGUGAAAGGAAAAAAGGGGUUCCCUGGACUGAGGAGGAGCAUAGGAUGUUUCUACUUGGUUUGCAAAAACUCGGUAAAGGUGAUUGGCGUGGAAUUGCUCGUAACUAUGUAAUUUCUAGAACGCCAACGCAGGUAGCAAGCCACGCCCAGAAAUAUUUCAUUAGGCAAAGUAAUAUGUCAAGGAGAAAAAGACGCUCUAGCCUGUUUGAUAUUGUUGCUGAUGAGUCGGGGGACACUCCAAUGGUAUCAAGGGAUUUCCUCGCAGAUGAUCCUCUACAAGCCGAGAUACAAAGCAACAAUCCAUUGCCUCCUACUCCUUCUGUGGAUGAAGAAUGUGAAUCAAUGGGUUCAGCAGCUUCUGCCAACUCCAACGAUGGGGAACUUUCUCUUCCUAAACCAGAAAGUUCACAAUAUCCUCGUCCACUAGUAUAUCCUGCUUAUGUCGCCCCAUUUUUCCCGAUGCCUUAUCCAUGUUGGCCAGGUUAUACUGCAGAGCUGGCAAAAGCAGAGACCCAUGAAGUUCUUAAGCCAACAGCUGUUCAUUCAAAGAGUCCAAUUAAUGUUGAUGAGCUGGUUGGUAUGUCAAAGCUAAGUUUAGGUGAAUCCAUUGGUGAUGCCAAGCCAUCUUCUCUCUCACUGAAACUGGUCGAGGGCUCCUCCAGGCAGUCGGCUUUCCAUGCUAAUCCUUCAUCUGGUAGCUCAGGUCUGACUCAUGAAGGAACUGAGCAACGAUAAAUCGAUGCAGCCAGUGCCAUAUUAUGCAUGCAAUUCGAGCCAUGCACCAGCUGGAGUGCAAAUAGCAGAUUGAGUGAUAGAUAUGCUACCUGUCAUUGAGCUAAGUAUCGGCAUACUGCUCUGCAGAAAGUUGGCCUGGUUGGAGAUGUUAUGUUGAUACAUAGACAAGUACCAAUUUACAUGAGAAAUCUUGGAAUAGUGAGGGAUAUGUUUGUUGGGUACAUUGUAAGUGGAGAUUUAGCUUUCCUUUGCUGCUUGACUUUGCAGAAAUCCCACUAGUGUUUAGGAACAUGAAUACCAGGAGGGAAAAUCUAGCAGUGAUUUGGGUGAACUGGAGGGACCGCAUUGAAGAUACUGACAAAUUGGUAAUAGAAAGCCAUCUUCUUGUA